AUGUCAGGCGAUGCGAAACCGCCUUCUCGUGGAACAACCGGGCCAUGUGUUUGGGGCGAUCCAAACCCAUGUUCCUCACUACCCGACACCUCUGUCCCGAUCUACCAGAGCCCCCCGACAGUAUCUGUUCUCACCUCUACUAGAGGCGCCACUCCUCUGACAUUAUCGAGUACUACGGACGUCCCGCAGCCCACGCCUUUUUCGUCGUCCAACACUGGUGGGGUCUCCUACCCAUCACCGGCAAGCUCACCAAGCCCUUCUCUCGCAAGUCCAUCCGCUGCCUCUAGCACUAGCACACCCUCGCCGUCUGCUAGUGCGCAACUCCCAGUCGGCUCAUCUCCGACGUCUACCACUAUACCCACCUCAUCCAUAGUUUCUUCCGCAAUGUCGCUCACACCCGGACCAUCUUCGGGCACGUCGUUCCCCGGGCUGUCCACAAGCGGUCCAUCUUCGAACGCCUCUCCCACUGUGCAUUCCAAAGUCAGCUCAUCUUCAACGUUCUCCUCUAACCAGACAGGCCCCACAGCCCUCUCAGCCGCCGCGGCGACUCGGCACACAACUUCCACCGGUGCAAUCGUGGGCGGAGUCGUCGGCGGCAUUCUCGGGCUGCUCGUGCUCGCCGCACUGCUGCUGCUACUCCGGCGGCACUACAAAAAAAUGCACACGCCAGCGUCUGCCGAGUUCAUGGCCGCGGGCGUCUCGCCCCCGCCCUCAGACGACCUCGCACACUGCCCGCUCGCGCGCCAGACGUCUAUCGAGAACGUCGACGAGAGCCCACCGCCGUUCACACCCGGGCGCUUCGUCGACCCGGUGUACGAGAAGAUACUCGCCGCAGCGGCACUGCACGAGCAGUACCGAGCGCCCGAUGCAGAGAUGUACUCGGACUUUGGGCGGUAUGAGAAAACGGCCUUGAUUGCGUAG